AUGUCGCCUUCCCCGAUCCGCUGUCGCGGGCCGUGGAAGAUACACAAGCGUUCCUCGGAGCCGGACAGAUGGUUGGAUGAGAUGGGAUUUUUCCGUAAACAUACAGCUAGGGACUCUAGCUGCCUAUUCCGUGCGGUGUCUGAAAACAUUUAUAACACCCAACGAUAUUUUCAUAAAGUCCGGUUGGAUUGCGUUCAGUUCAUGGCUUCUAAACGGCAUCUCUUCGAAGGGUCAUUGACUUGUCCAUUUGAAAAUUAUCUCAAAGAGAUGUCAAACCCAUCAGAGUGGGGUGGUUUAAUUGAAAUAUCGGCCAUGAGCCAUCUCUAUAGACGUGACUUUGUAAUAUUUGAAGCUAACAAGGGCCCACAGACAAAGAUAUGUAAUGGUUACGGAGACCCAAUAUACUUGUUUUACUCACCUGACACAAAACAUUUUGACGUGGUCUACACGAAAGAUUUCAUAAACACCUCAUCUUUUUGCCAGUGUAAGUUGGUAUUGUCUUAA